GUAUGAUCUAUCACACUAGGCGUAAUACAAAAUCAGGCUUAUUUUAACAAAUCCCAUCAGAAUUAUAUAUGUCCCCAUCAAACACACCUGAGGAAAGACCAGCAUGAAGAUGAUAUUGAAUUUUAGCAUUGUUCUAGUCCUUUUGGUUUCCUAUUCUUGGGGAGAAGAGAUAGCAAAGAAACGUUCAUCCUUUCCCUUUGGAUUUUAUAGAUCAUGUCAAGCUCCACCAUCUGUUGAAAAUGGUGACAUUAUCACACCAGAGAGGUCACUCUAUUUAAGAGGAUCAGUAGUGGAAUACAGAUGUCAAGACCAUCACAGCCUAGAGGGAUCUAACACAAUUACAUGCCAGGAUGGAAAGUGGACAGAACCUCCAACAUGUAGAGAGAUAGCAAAGAAACGCUUAUCCUUUCCCUUUGGAUUUUAUAGAUCAUGUCAAGCCCCACCAUCUGUUGAAAAUGGUGACAUUAUCACACCAGAGAGAUCACUCUAUUCAAGAGGAUCAGUAGUGGAAUACAGAUGUCAAGACCAUCACAGCCUAGAGGGAUCUAACACAAUUACAUGCCAGGGUGGAAAGUGGACAGAACCCCCAACGUGUAGAGCAACUAUAGCAGCAAAAUGUAGAAAACCUCCAGUUAUUUCCCAUGGAGAUGUCAUCAACUUCUUAAUGGAGGAAUAUUCUUCAGGAUCAACAGUGGAAUACAAAUGUCAAUCCUUUUAUGAAAUGGAGGGCUCGAGUCAAGUGACAUGUCAAGAUGGGAACUGGUCAGCCCCUCCAACAUGUCUAGAACCAUGCAUAGUAACCUUGGCAGACUUAGAGGAAAACAAUAUAAAACUGAGGUGGACAAAAUCUGAAAAGCAGUAUAUCAAAACUGGAAGUACUAUUGAAUUUGCUUGCAAGGAUGGCUAUCAGAAAGAUUCACAAAUGUCAAAAUUUCAAAUACAAUGUUCAAAAGGAAAGUUGGAGUAUCCUAGAUGUGUCUCAAUGAUAGCAGCAAAAUGUAGAAAACCUCCAGUUAUUUCCCAUGGAGAUGUCAUCAACUUCUUAAUGGAGGAAUAUUCUUCAGGAUCAACAGUGGAAUACAAAUGUCAAUCCUUUUAUGAAAUGGAGGGCUCGAGUCAAGUGACAUGUCAAGAUGGGAACUGGUCAGCCCCUCCAACAUGUCUAGAACCAUGCAAAGUAACCUUAGAAGACUUAGAGGAAAACAAUAUAGAAGUGUGGACAAGAUCUGAAAAACAGUAUUUUAAAAGUGGAAGUACCAUUAAAUUUGUUUGCAAGUUUGGAUAUCGUAAAGACUUACAAAGAUCACAAUUUCAAGUGCAAUGUUUAGAAGGAAAGUUGAAGUAUCCUAGAUGUGUCUAUCAGGCAGCAAAGGACUACCGUAUAUUAAAAAGAUAUAACACCAGAGGUGAAAUCAAGGAAGAGGUCAUUUGGAGAAAGAUCAACUGAAGCAAAAGUAGAAGUAAUUUUAGUACAAAUAUAUUACAGAUCACCUGGACAAAAAUAAUUUCAAUUAAUUAUAUGAACAAAGAAGAAAUAAAUGAACAAAGCAUCAACAUGGCUAAAAUAGCUAACACAAUAAAGCUCUUUAAGAUUUGAAUAGA